AUGUUUGAACAUCUGCAGGAUGCUUGCUCCGCCCUUCGCUGGCUAAAUGACCAUGGCCCACCUGAAGUGAAUGAUGGAGGCAAAGUGGUGGCCGAGUCGUCAUCGGAGGCUCAGGACCUGUUUGUCUGUGGAGACAGCGCCGGUGGAGGUUUGGCUUUGGCGGCCUGCAUGGGCCAAUCUGCAGCUGUACGACAACGUCUGCGGGGGGUCAUUGGGCUGUCUGCUUGGGCUGACUUGACAGCUUCGACGCCAAGCUAUGAUAGUCGCCAAUGGUGUGCUGAGAAAUGCUGGGGUGAUGCUGUGAAUGCCGGCGUGGACCGGAAGAGCGGCAGAGAAGAGGCGGAAGCCUACUUAGGAGGUGCCAAAUCCAACCAGUUUUGCAAAGACUGGCGCGCGAGUCCGUUCUUUGCUCCGGCCUCGCGCCUACGAAAGCUGCCUGCAGUGCUCUUGCAGGUCGGGAAUUUUGAACUCAUCUUGGAUGAGUCUGUCCUUCUUCAAAAACGUCUCGAGAAGCUUGGUCAUCCAGAUGCGCAAGUUGAUAUCUAUCCUCGCAUGUGGCAUUGCUGGCACCAAUAUGAAGAGGGAUGUGGUGCGCAACCUGCGACAUGGCUAUUGUGUGGUCAUAGUUGGAUGGACCAAACAGGAGAUGAAUUAAGACGCUUGGUCCAUUGGUAUUGA